AUGGAGACUAUGAAACUGCAGUAUUUGAAAUCAUUCCUUCAGCAAACAAAUGAGGUCAUUGACAAAUUUGUGACUGCUAUGAGGUGUGCAAGUCCCAAGCCAAUGCAACCAGGGACAUGGUAUGCAGAUCCAGUCAACAUCAGUGAAGAUGAAUAUGUUGAGAUGCUAGUCGUUGAUGGAUUAUUCAUAAUUGAGCUUUUUAGGCACAGUGGGGGUCAAACUUCAAAGGGAUUAAGUAAUAGCAAAAUGCUGAAGCGUCAUAUCUAUCAAGAGGUUGUGCUUGACCUCAUCAUUUUGAGAAAUCAAUUGCCCUUCACCAUCCUCCUCAACUUAAUUAUACCAUCUGAUAAACCCUCCCAUGGAACAAACAUUGGCAAAUCUGGCCCUCCAUUUUUUCAAGAAGAUGACUAUGAUGAGUCAGGUUUUGAGCACUUAUUACAGUUUCUGCAUUAUAUGUUGAGUCAUACAUUCAUACCUGCUACAAAUUUGAAGAUCAGGAACAAUAAUUUGAUGACAAUGAAGAGCAACAAAGAGCUGCAAGAGGCAGGUAUCAAAUUCCAAAUCCCUGCAAAUGCUAACUCCCAAUUCAACAAAACAUUUCAAAAUAAAGUGAUGGAGCUUCAACCAUUGUUUUAUAAAAAUGACACACAGAAAAUAUUGAGAAACUUCAUUGAAUUUGAAAUGCAUAACGAGGAAUCGCUGGAAAGACUUCCUUUCUGCCACUAUGUGACAUUUAUGAAUCAGUUAAUUAAAUCUGAGGAGGAUGUUCAUCAGCUGGGUCUAUGUGGCAUCAUCAUUCAGAGUGUAACAAGCAACGACAAAGCAGUGUUAGCUAUGUUCAAUUACCUUUCUGAAAGUGUUGGCACAAACCAUCUACAAUCAUAUUAUUUGGAGAUAGUUGAUUCUGUGACCGAACACUCUGCAAAACGCAGGAACACAUGGCUAACCAAGUUGAAGGAAUACUUUGAUGGUCGAUGGAGAACAACCUCAACCAUAGCUGCUCAUUUUUUGUUUCUUUCUUUGGGAUGGCCUUUAGGAGGCUUCAUUGGGGUAGAGAGCUCGCACAUUGCUGCAAGUGACCUGGAAGCUAGGUUUGCUGUCCUUGAAGGUGAUCGAUUUUAUAAGAACUAG